AUGAUUCCUUCUGGGAUGAGUCGCCAGUCACAUUUUGAUGCGGCUCCUUCCAAAAGCGAAGUGUCCAACCUUCCUACCACUCAAGAGCCUAAUCGUUGGGUGACGGCCAAAGAAGUCUUCAAAUAUCCUCGGUUUAUGGCCAAACGCUUUCCUUCCAUCUUAACAGUUAACUACGGCCCAGGACGUGUCCAGAGAUCUAUCCCGACUGCCAAUUCCGCCAAAAUGGACCAAGCCAUCGCACCAGAGACGUCAAAGACAGGUGAAGUUGAUGGAGGAAAUGAGGGAUCUAACAACAACAAAGCUUCUCCCCAUCAGACACCCUGGGAAAUGCCUAAAGUUGAUGACCCCGCAGCCCCUACCCUUCGUCUUCGCCGCGACUCGAUGGACUCGGACCGAACUAUCACACCGGCAACCAUAAAGACAGGCCAAGCUGAAGAAGGAAAUGAGGGAUUGACACGCAAUGUUGAUGACGCCGCAAAUUCUUCACUUAAUCGUGAUCAGGAACAAAUUAUCGCACCGAGUGCCCCAAAGCUAGGUGAAGUUGACGGAGGGAAGGCUGGAUUUUAUCACACCAUGGCCCCUCGCUUGGGGGAACUACCUCGAGGUCGUAACUCCACAAAUUCUUCGCCUUCUAUUGGCCGGAGGCUAAAAGGAGUCCUUCCGCAACUUCCUUCUUGGAUUUUAAAUAAUAUGGAGUUCGAGGAAUAUGGAUUCGAUGACUUCGACGAUUUUUUCGAUAAUCAGGCGGUUGGGUACCCAACAUGCUACUCCGGAUGUCCAUGCGAAAACACUUUUCCGUCCAGGGGAGAGUGGGAUAGACGUACUCAGGAUCAUUACCAUAAGCUGGUGGACCUGUAUCGUGCUACACUGAAAACCCACGGAAUCAAUCUGCAAGAGAUAAAGGCCAUUGCGGUUCUCCUUAAUGGCCUACUGGAAAUGGAGCGGGACGAGAAAUUGUCUUUCUGGCUGUUGCUCGAAAGGAUCAAGGACGUUAUCUACACGCGACUUGAUAAACUCCUCGAGGACAUCCUGAAGGCUGAUUUUGCAUGCUUCACCCAGGUUUCAGGAUGGAGCAGAGGCAAAUUUGAAGAUGGCAUUGCCAUUUUAACACAGGAAGUUAUCCCCAUGGCUCGGCGUCUACAGAUGAAAUGGCAACACGAGUACAAUGACCGAUACUUCGACAUUGAUAAGGUGCGGUGCAAGGACAUGCAGCUGAAUGGUGCUCUUCAUCAUGUCGCGUUCAACCCAGAACACAAGCAAGAUGGCAACUUGUUUAUCAUCAGGGAGCUUUCAUCCACUCUGGAAAGUCCGUUGAAUGCCAAAACCUGGGGAAACCAAGGUUUCAAGGUCGGUCGCUGGUAUCUCAAUAUAUGGUGUGCUGCUCGCGAUGGCAUGGUCGGUAAUCCAGCCAAUAUAGCGACAGAGGAAUCUCCCGGGGAAGUCACAGCACUGGCACUCUUGACAGGAACCGAAGUAGACGGGUCCACUCCAGGGACUUACGAAUACACCUUGGAAAGCCCAGCACAAGAUAUCAACUUCUCUAUGCUGACCCAGGGUGGGCGGCCAAUCAGACUUCUGAGAGGCCAUCUUCUUAAAAGCAAAUAUGCUCCGGCGGCAGGCAUUAGAUUUGAUGGGCUAUACACCCUUUCGGGAGAUGGCCACAGAAUAAUCGACGAAGGCACGAAUAGCUGCCGACUGAUACUCACCUUGACGCAAUAUGCUCAAUCAACCUCUCGAUACCCCGGCCCAAACCCUCCUCAUGCAGAGCUGAAUCUCAUCCCUCGACCAUCACAACUCGAUGAAUGGAAGCUAUACAACGACCUUCUCGUAAAAUGGAACGAGGCUCAAGAGGCUGCUGACACGGAGACUCCAACAGCCGCGACGGUGUUCCAGGUCAAGAGUCCAGUUGACAGAGAGGUUGAGAUGGAAGACUAG